AUGGCCCCCCGCCCAGCCGUCAGCCAAAUGCAAAAUGAUCUUGAUUUUGCUUACCAGGAAAUCCGUCGCCUGAAGGUGCAGGUAAGCGGACUGACGAAGCAGAAGUAUAAAAUACUGUCAGAAAAGGAGGCGUUAGUAAAGAAAGGCCAGGAAGAUCAACUGGAAAUUAAAGGUCUCAAUGAGCUUCUAGAGACCCAGGUGAAGGAGAGUGUCGCUGGAGACACAAAGAGCCAGCAGAUCAUCUCCAAUCACGAGUCUGACAUCUUGAAGCUUGAGAGAAGCCUCAAGUUCCAGAAGGAGCAGGUCAGCUUCGCGUGGGAUAUCAACAACCAACGUGCAGCAAGCCUGAGAAAACGUCUCCAGGAAGAGAAACAAAAAGUCUCUGAACUGUUGAGCAAAGAGAAGGACUACAUCCAGAACGAGAAGGCUUCAGAAGAAAAAUACACCGACCUGGUGGAGAAGUUCAGGAAAGAGUUGGAUGAGAAAGAACAGGUCUGGGAGACGAAAGUGAGAAAGAUUGAGACAGAGAAGAAAGACCUGGAGGAGGAGUUCACCAAGAACCUUGCUGAGACACACCACAGCUGGGAGACCAAAACCACGCUGUUGGAGGUCGAGUUUUUCAAAAACCUGGCUGUAAAACGAAACAGCUGGGAAAUAGAAAUGAAAUUCUUGGAGGCAGAAUUAAAAGAGGUGAAGGACGAGAAGAAGGUCCGUGUUGUCAAUCACCACAGCUUGGAGACAUCAACACAUCUGAUGGAGAACAAAGCUAGACAGACGGAACACGAUCUCGCCAUCCUGGUCAAUGAAAAACAGAGCUGGGAGGCGAAAGCCAAACAGGUGGAGAAGGAGAAGAAAAAGAUGAUGGAUAGCUUCUACAAUGACAUGACUGAGAGAAACCGCGUCUUCGAGAUAACCAUGGCUCUGAUGGAGGACGGGAAGAGAGAACUUGAGGACGUCUGCCUGAUGAUGAACAAGAAGAGGAGAGGUAUCUUUAGCAGGAGGAGGUCCGAACAAAGAGAUGUAGUCUUGGAUAGAAUGAAGGCCAAGCUGCGUGAGGAGAGAAACACAGAAACUUUAGACUUGACAAUUGACAUGACCAUCAACGACAGAAAUGUGAUCUCCUAUCACAUGGGGUUUGCUCCUGGUAAACAGGUUCUAGAGACCCAGGUGAAGGAAUGUAUCGCUGGAGACACAAAGAGCCAGCAGAUCAUCUCCAAGCACGAUUCUGAAAUCUUGAAGCUUGAGAAAAGCCUCAAGUUCCAGAAGGAACAGAACAGCAUCACGUGGGAGAUCAACAACCAACCAUGCCUGAGAAAACGUCUCCAGGAAGAGAAACAAAAAGUCUCAGAACUGUUGAGCAAAGAGAAGGACGACAUCCAGAACGAGAAGGCUUCACAAGAAAAAUACACCGACCUGGAGGAGAAGUUCAGGAAAGAGUUGGCUGAGAAAGAACAGGUCUGGGAGACGAAAGUGAGAAAGAUGGAUGCAGAGAAGAAAGACCUGGAGGAGAAGUUCUACAAGGCCCUGGCUGAGACACACCAUAGCUGGGGGACCAAAAUCAAACUGAUGGAGGUUGAGAAGAAAGACCUGAAAGAAAGCCUCUAA